AGGGGAUCCCACAGACACAAAACGAGGGGAUCCCACAGACAAAAACCAGGGGGAUCCCACAGACAGAAUAUUUGCCAUUAAAGGGGUAGAGGACUCAGGCAGUUUACCUGCCGAGGUAAAAGAUCCACUUGGAGUGCUUCUCAAAAAGCCGAAGAAAAGCCAUGGCCAUCCAUCAUCCAUCAACAACCACAACAACUCUAUUGACAUCCCAACUCCCGCGGGUGUCUGAACUCCCGCGGAUAACUGAGACCUCUCUCCUUCAAAGCAAAUACUUCCUCUCCCAUUCUUCCUCAUAAAAUUGUUAUUGAAGAACACCCCAACAGCAAACCAACAAGCAUCGAAAAUGACUCUCUCUCUUGGAUUUAUCGGAUCUGGCAUGAUGGCAUCUGCCUUGAUGGAUGGUCUCAUUGCCAAGAAAACAGUCGACAGUCCCAGUGAUAUCAUCUGCUCGGAUCGCUUUGAGCCAUCCUUGGAAAAGGCACGAUCCAAGGGAAUCAAAGCCACUACAAACAACGCGGAAGUAUGCACUACCGCCAAAUCUGCCAUUGUCUUGGCCGUCAAACCCAACAUUAUCCCCAUGGUUUGUAAAGAUGUCGUGGCGGCUUACCCGUCUCCUAAUGAUGGCUCUCCCUUGAUUAUCAGCAUUGCUGCCGGAGUCUCCCUCGAAACACUGGAAACCAAUCUACCGGGAUUUCGAGUCUGCCGUGUCAUGCCCAACACUCCUUGUUUGGUGGGAGAAGCCACAUCGGGAUUUGCCUUGGGGUCACUGGCUGGAAAUGAUUCCGAUCGAGACAUUGCCAUGAAAAUUUUUGGAAGUGUCGGAUUAGCCCGAGAAGUCAAGGAAAUCCUCUUGAAUGCCGUCACGGGGUUGAGUGGUAGUGGACCUGCCUAUGUCUUUCAAUUCAUUGAAGCAUUGGCCGAUGGCGGAGUGCGGGCCGGUUUGCCGCGUGAUAUUGCCAUGGCAUUUGCCGCACAAACCGUCAAGGGAGCGGCUGAAAUGGUACUCGAAACGGGAAAACAUCCAGGAGAACUCAAAGAUGGUGUCACAUCUCCAGGAGGAACAACGAUUGCCGGUGUGGAAGCUUUGGAAGCGGGCGGAUUUAGAGCUGCAACAAUCAGCGCUGUGACAAAGGCAACACGACGAUCCAUGCAGCUGGGAGGAAUCCCCGAGGAAGAUAUUGUCCACAAAUACAACCUUUGAAUGGCCUCAAAUAAUAAUGAAACGAAAUCAUGAUGAGGUUGAGAGGAAACCAGUCGUCCACCAAAAUAUAAAUACAUAAACCUUCCUCGGCGCAUGAAAACGAAGCAGAGACCCUGGAUGAAAUCUGUUUUUCGGCUGCAUGGGAUCUUUUCCUACAGCUUCAGAUGCAAAUAGUUAAUUGAAAGAAGCAUCUAGCUAGUACCAGUUCAGCCGGAUAGUGCUCUUCUGUGCUGCAGUCUCAUUGCUCCGGUAGUCCUUGAAUCCCUGCCUGCAACUUUCUCAGAGUUGCGUUGAAGGUGCCAAUGACAACUCCCACGCAGAUUCAUUCGAGUUGUUGGACGCAAGUUGAAGAUUCAGUCAUGCGUAUUUCGCGCGAACGUGCGCACCUUCUAAAGUACGUGGUUCUCAUCCCA